CUUAAGAAUAGAAAAGAAUUCAAAGGCUCGAGUUGAUUCAUAUCCUUGACCACAUAUAGAGGAUCGUCAACUCUCUAUAAGGCCCGGAGUCAAAGAUUCAAAGGCCUUUUGGUUACUUUGAACCCCCACUCACCUCAAGCGCUCAAACAAUGAUUCCAAAAGAUGAAAAAGUUUAUAAAAGAGCGAAUCUUUCUUUCAUUCUAACUCCCAUGCACAAAGUAUUCUUGAAGAACAUUUGAUACACUUAAAUAAACGUUAACGUCUAAUGAUGAAAAUAUUUUGCAGCUGCCACGUGUCAUCCUUUCGUUCGUCCGUCUGGGCGGCAUCUUUCCUAUAAUCUUCGAUUCAAAAACUGCCCGGCUGCUUCUACUAUUUCUGAGUCCUCCGAGUCUUCUAAUCGUCUACAAGUAAAUUUCUCUCCUUCCCUUUUUGAGUCAUGUCAGACCGUGAGGAUAGCCAGAACCCUUCCGUCCACUCUUAUGGUUCUAGCGGCCGGUCUCCAACCUUUGGUUCCUCUUCUUCUUCUUCAUCCUCUGAUUCUGAGCACCCGGCGACUUCUCCACAGAAGAAGCCGGUUGAUGCUUCCACUUGCGCUCCUUCUUCUCCCGUGGCGCAAGUGGCCUCGGUUGCCCAGCCCGGGGACGAGGGUUUCAUUCUGCUUGACGAUCGGUUGGUUCAAGAACAAUCAUCGUACAUGCAGAAGCCCCAAGUUCACGAGCUGCAUAAUCUGAUGCCCGAUGGGUAUCAAUUGACCUACCGGGCAACGUGGAAGAGCAUCAUUCCUCUCCACGUCGGUACGUCGAUUGGUAUCCACUACCAUUCUAUCAAGGACUUGGGUGAAUUCUCUAUUCACCCAUUCAAAGUCCUUUUUCUUGAGACAUACGGUAUCAUGCCCGGGCAGCUGGCCCCUAAUGGUCACCGUUUGUUGGGCAGUUUCAUCAAUGUCUGCCGGUUUCUUCGUAUCCCCCUCUCUCUUCGUCUUUUUGACCAUACGUUCGAUGUUCGGCCCGGGUCCAAGGAAACCCUUGGAUUUGUGGUGGUGUCUUCCCACCAAGGCUGGGCAUUCCUUUGUGGCCUUCCACCCUCUAACAAGAAGUGGAAGGACAAAUAUGUCCGUGUCAAAUUCCCCCCGGCUGCCUUUCCUUUUGCCCAAAACGUCUGGGGGAAAAGAAUGAAGCGCCAGGUCAAACCAGUGGAGGCCGGUGACUUGGCUGCCUGGGAAGCCACCCUCCGGGCCGGGGACGCCUCCACCCGCGGUCUGUACCACGUCGGGAAGUGGAGCGUCUACCCCGGCCGGGAGACUGACCCCGAACCAGAGAUUGUUCUGCCCGGGGCGAUCCCCGAAGCCAUCCCCAUCCGCCAGGCGAGGGGAUCCAAAGCCCCGGCCACUGCCACUGCCGGUCCUUCACGCCCGGCGAGGAAGAAGAAGGAGAAAGUGGUUGAGGAGCCCUCCACUGCUCAGCCACUCAACCUUCCUACCAACCAGCCUUUCUCUCUGGAGGAGCAACCAGCCCAAUCCCAUCAGGGGACCAACCAGCCCCUUCACUCGGGGGAGAUCUACUUCAACGUAGACACCUUCGAGUUCGACAACCUGAUGAGGGAGACUGGGCAUACGUCCCAAGCCGGGUUGGCAGGCCAACCCAACGAGGAGGGCAAAGCCGAGGAGGAGGCUGCUGGGGAGUCUCUUCAACGGAAGAGGCGAAAGACUGAGGAGGUCGACCAGCCAUCCCACCAGAGGGGCCAGUCCUCUGAUGCUGGCAAGGGCCGAGUAGUGCCCCGGUCCAUGAUUCUGAUGUCCAGGUCAGACGAAGAGCUCUUCCAAGCUUUUCGUGCUGACCUGAGUGAGGCCGGUCGGAUCGGGGAAGAGUACUUCGCCCGGCUGGUGAAGUCAAGAGAUGAGGAGAAGGCACGGAUGGAGGCCAUGAUGGUCCAGUGCCGGAAGGAUGCUCAGGCCGCUCGUGCCCAGGCGGAGAAGACGGAAGCGAAGUGGUUGGAACACUGCACGUUCUACCGUCAGCUGUACGCCAAGCAUGACGGUCUCCUCAAGGCUGCAAAAGAGGCCGACGAGCAGGCUCAGGCUAAGAUCCAAUACCUGGAGGCCGAGAACGUCCGGUCGGCUGAGGAAAUCGCUCGGCUGGGGGAUGAGCUGCAGAAAGAGCAAUCGGAGCGGGCCGCCGUUGCCGCUGUCUGGGCAGCUCAAGCGCCAGAGGAGUUCGCCGCUAAGGCGCUGCCUGACGGGGAGACGGCCAUCCGCUUCUUCCAAGGUCUUUACAAGCAUCAAGUAUCGGCCGGUAUCGUGGACGAGAUUGGGACCUACGGGUUUGAAAGCGGCCAGUACUCCGAGCGGAAGGCCCUCUAUGGCAUCCUUGAGUAGAGGAUCCAAGGCUUCUAGCCGAAGGCCCUUUCUCUGCCCGAGCUGCAUAGCGAGGCGCCUGAACCUC